AUAUAAACCUUCAUUGCUUCUCUCUCAGACACACAUUCAUUCAUAUUCCAAAAUCCAAAGCUUCUCUCAUUUGUAUCUAUAAAAACAACCCUAGUUCUACACAUAGUCACUGUGUGUGUUGUGUUCUGUUCUUGUUUCUAUUGUGAUAUUUAAUUUGUCACUGCGUACGUGUUUUGUUCUUGUUGUUGUCGUGAUCAUGGCUGACAAUUACCAUCAAGCUCCUAAGACUGAAGAGUACUGUGAAACUGUCACCAUCGUGAAGGUGGAGGUUGAGGAGCCGAAACUUGAGUGUAAGGAAGAGAAGAAGGAAAGCUUGUUGCAGAAACUUCAUCGAUCAGAAAGCAAUUGCAGCAGUUCUAGCGAUGAGGAGUGUAAGGAGGGAGAAAACAAGAAGGAGCUAAAGGAAAAGAUUGAGAAAAAAAUAGACGAGAAGAAAGAUAAACUCAAGGAAGAUGUAGAAGAGGCAAAGUACAAAAUUGAAAAAGUCAAGGAGAAUAUUGAGUAUAAAGUCGAAGAGGUUAAAGAGAAAACGGAGGAGAAAGUAGAAGAAAUCAAGAAAAAAAUAGAGGAAAAAGAGCACGAAGGCAAAUACAAAGAAGAGGAACUAAAAGAAAAGAUUGAGUGUGAACUAGAAGAGGCGAAAGAGAAGAUCAAAGAAAAAGAUUAUGAGGUCAAGUACAAGAAUGGAGAACACAAAGAAAAAGUAAAAAAAGAAGUGGAGGAGGCCAAGUACAAAAUAGAAGAAUUCAAAGAGAAUGUUGAGUGUAAAGAAGAAGAAGUUAAAGAGAAAGUUGAGGAGAAAAUCGAAGAAAUCAAGGAAAAGAUAGAGUGUGAAGUAGAAGAGGCCAAACAUAAAAUCAAAGAAAAGGAGUAUGAGGCUGACUAUAAGAAGGAAGAGCACAAGGAAAAAUUCAAAGAAGAACUAGCCGAGGCUAAGUACAAAGUAGAAAAAAUCAAGGAAAAGAUCGAGUGUGAAGUAGAAGAGGCAAAACAUAAAAUCAAAGAAAAGGAGUAUGAGGCCGACUAUAAGAAGGAAGAGCAGAAGGAAAAAUUCAAAGAAGAACUAGCCGAGGCUAAGUACAAAGUAGAAGAAAUCAAGGAAAAGAUCGAGUGUGAAGUAGAAGAGGCCAAAGAGAAAAUCAAAGAAAAGGAAUAUGAGGCUGAGUACAAGAAGGAAGAGCACAAGGAAAAACUCAAGAAAGAAGUAGAGGAGGCCAAGUACAAAAUAGAAGAAUUCAAGGAUAAUAUUGACUAUAAAGUAGAGGAGAUUAAGGAGAAAAUUGAGGAAAAAAUUGAAGAAAUCAAGGAAAAGGUCGAGUAUGAAGUAGAAGAGGCCAAAGAGAAACAUAAGGAAAAGGAAUAUGAAUCUAAGCAUAAGAAGGAAGAACGCAAGGAAAAACUUAAGGAAGAAGUAGAGGAGGCAAAGUACAAAAUAGAAGAAUUAAAGGAAAAGAUCGAGCAUAAAAUAGAAGAAGUUAAGGAGAAAAUUGAUGAGAAAGUCGAAGAAAUUGAGCACAAGGUUGAAUGUGAAGUAGAAGAAGCCAAAGAAAAACAUAAGGAAAAAAAGUAUGAAUCCGAGUACAAAAAGGAAGAACGGAAGGAAAAACUCAAAGAAGAAGUAGAGGAGGCAAAGUACAAAAUAGAAGAAUUGAAAGAAAAAGUUGAGUGUGAAGUAGAGGAGGUUAAGAAUAAAAUCGAGGAGAAAGUGAAAGAAAUUGAGGAAAAGGUUGAGUGUGAAAUAGAAGAGGCCAAAGAGAAACACAAGGAAAAAGAGUACGAGUCUGAGUACAAGAAGGAAGAGCGCAAGGAAAAACUCAAGGAGGAGAUCGAGGAGGCCAAGUACAAAAUAGAAGAAAUCAAGGAAAAGAUUGAGUGUGAAGUAGAAGAGGCCAAAGAGAAAAUCAAGGAAAAAGAAUAUGAGGUUGAGUAUAAAAAGGAAGAGCAUAAGGAAAAAAUCAAGGAAGAAGUAAAGGAGGCCAAAUACAAAAUAGAAGAAUUAAAGGAGAAUGUUGAGUGUAAAGUCGAAGAGAUUGAAGAGAAAAUUGAGGAAAAAAUCGAAGAAAUCAAGGAAAAAGUUGAGUGUGAAGUAGAAGAGGCUAAAGAGAAAAUUAAGGAAAAAGAAUAUGAGGCCGAGUAUAAGAAAGAAGAGCAUAAGGAAAAACUAAAGGAAGAAGUAGAUGACGCCAAAUACAAAAUAGACGAAUUGAAGGAGAAUGCCGAGUGCAAAGUGGAAGAGAUUAAAGAGAAAACUGAGGAGAAAAUUGAAGAAAUCAAGGAAAAAGUCGAAGAGAAAAUUGAGGAGCACAGAGAGAAGAAAGAAGAAAAGAAAGAAAAGAAAGAACUUGAGAAAAUCAAGAAGCAUAAGGAAGAAACUUAUGCCCCUAUAAAGACCUAUGAGGAAGUUGCCAUAUUUCAAGAGCCAGAUUCAUGUGAACAAAAAGAGAAAAAAGUAUUUGUCGUUGAAAAAGUUGAAGAGGAUUGUGUUGCUUCGCUACCACCUCCAGUAGUGGCGCAUAACGAGUACAUCCCUGUUGAAGUUGAACACAAAGAGAAGAAGGGUAUCUUUGGAAAGAUUAAAGAGAAGUUCCAUGGACAUCAUUCAAAGAACGAAGAGAAGAAGGAAAAAGAGCACUACUGAAAAAAAUGUUUUUGAUCAGUUUGUUGGUUUGGUUUGUAAUUGAUUUGUGAUUAUGUGUUGUUUAUUGUUUUCAUUAUUGUCCCUUUUGAUUAAGUACAUUCUUAAGUACGGGAUUUGUUUGUGAUUUCUAAAGUGUGUUGUUUAUGAUAAAUGUCAAGCAUACAAAUUUGUAUUCUUUUAAAUGUUUGUGUAAAAAGCAAUUAGCUUUUGUAUAUUUGAAUAAUACAUUCAUAUUCAUAUU